AUGAAGUACUUCAAGCUAGUUUUGACAGCGGGGGCCUGCGCGCAGGCUUUUUUGGUUCCCGAGCGGUGGGCGGACGCCAUGGCGGAGGCCAUCGCACCCGUGGCACGCAACCCGCUUCUAUUCAACGAGGAGCCCAAGUUGGUGCCGGAUCUCUUUCGCCAGGACAAGCCGUUAGUGUCGUCGGAGAAGUUGCAGGAGAUGAUCACGGUUGGGCAGUUGAACUCGAGUGCAUGGGAGCUCUACCGGAUAGCGACGAUGUCGACGCCGGAGUACGGGCAUCCCACGCGGGUGAUCGGCUCGGCGGGCCACAACGGGACGGUGGAGUACAUCUUGGAGGAGCUUGGCAAGUUGGGCGACUAUUACGACGUGAGCGUGCAGAACUUCGGUGCGCUCGUGGGUGAGCUACGGUCGUACAACUUGACGUACAUGAACGACACGGAAGUGCCCUGGUCGAACGUACUACACUACUCUCCGUCGGUGGAACUCUUCCAGGGAAAGCUACUGCAUGUGCCGAACCUAGGGUGUGACGAGGACGACUACCGGGCCUUGGUUGUGGGCGCAAACGAGAUUGCAUUGAUCGAGCGUGGUGAGUGUGAAUUCCGCAGGAAGAGUAUUCUUGCCGGGACUUUCGGGUUUAAGGCUGCGAUUAUCUACAAUAACGAUCCGGAGGAGGGCGGUAUCUCCGGGACACUAGGCAACCCUGACGAACACAUGAUCUCCACCUUCGGCGUUUCCUAUGAUGUGGGUAACAGUCUUGUGGCAGCGAUCAGCCUGGACCCUACGUUUUCCCUAAAUGCCAUGGUAGACUCUACCGUAAAAGAAAUUACUACCCAGAACGUCAUUGCAGACACCAAGGGCGGCGACCCAGAGAACAUUGUCAGCUUGGGUGCACACUCCGACUCUGUUUUUGCAGGGCCGGGCAUCAACGACGACGGCUCUGGCACCAUUUCGUUGCUAACCGUAGCGAAGCACUUGGCGAACUUCAGCGUUAAGAACAAAGUCCGUUUUGCAUGGUGGUCAGCCGAGGAAGAGGGCCUUCUAGGGUCUGAAUACUAUGUCAGCCAGCUAUCGCCUGAGGAAAAUCAGAAGAUCAGAUUGUUCAUGGACUACGAUAUGAUGGCGUCUCCAAACUAUGAGUACGAGGUGUACGAUGCGAACAACAGGGAGAAUCCAGCUGGGUCUGAGGAACUAAAGAACUUGUAUAUUGACUAUUAUACUUCCCACGGCUUGAACUAUACUUUAGUUCCAUUUGAUGGUAGAUCCGAUUAUGUCGCCUUCAUCCAAAAUGGUAUCCCUGGCGGCGGGGUUGCCACGGGUGCUGAGAAGAUCAAUGCACUCAAUAACGAUCCAUUUGACAAGUGCUACCACCAACUAUGCGAUGACACGGGUAACUUGAACUUCGAGGCAUUCAUGGUCAACACUAAGCUAAUUGCGCAUGCAGUUGCCACUUACGGAGCAUCACUAGAGGACUAUCCAUUGAGAAGCACGGAUGGUCUGAUGACCCUGGCUGCAACUACCCAGUCGCCACGGUUCCACUACAAGGGUAACAGUUUGAUUUACUAA